AUGCAUUGUUACGUUGAUAACCAACGAUGUCCAUUGCCGUCCCGUGUUUCACGAUGUUCCUUUUCACCUAGCGUUCGGCGCAAGCACGCGGUCGACUUCUGUGAGUCAAUUAUAUCAAGUUUUACGAAACAAUGACUCUGAAACGUAGUUCAUCUGCCAAAAAAGGUAACUUAAAAAAAAAACCAAAAUUAAACACCGAAGAAACAAAUGAUUAUACUAAAUCACAGACUCAUGAUUUAGAAAUGAUUGGGUCAGGUGACGAGCAAGAAUUUGCUCAAAAACCUGAUAAAUUAAAGACUGCUAAAAAGUCUAAUGACUUAAAGCUAUCGAAAUUGACUGAAUUGAAUGAAAAUUCAUUUAACAAAACUAGAAAAAACAUAAAAUUGGCAGAAAAACUAGAAAAUAAUAAAGGUGUGAAAAAACCCAAAAGUAUCUUAAGAAAAAAACCAAAAUUAGAUAAUACCGAAGAAGCAACCGAUUAUACUAAAUCACUAACUGAUGAUUUAGAAAUGAUUGGAUCAGAUGACGAACUAGAAUUAGUUCACAAACCUGAUAAAAUAAAGAUGGCUCAAAAGUCUAAUGAUUUAAAACUGUCCAAGUUGAAUGAAAAUAUUAACAGAGGAAAAAUGAAAUUGGUUGAAAAACCUGAAAAAAAUGUUGGUACAAAAAAAGCAAAAAGUUUACAAAACAAAUCACUUUCUACUGAUUCUGAAAAUAAUUUAUUAAAGAAAACUAAAGGAAAAUCGAAUUCUACUAAUGAUAUUAAGGCUACAGAAAAACCCAAUUGGAAAGAGUUUAAGAAAGAAAAACAAGAGCUUCGAAUCAAGCGCAAACAACAUAAAUGUAAAUUUUAUGAAACUGUUUUAAAGUCAAAACAACUUUGGGAAAAGGUGCGUCGUGAUGAUUGUCCGAAGGAAAACAAAGACGUUUUAUUGAAUGAUCUCUUUAAAUUUUCAAAACCUCAUCUAGAAACGAUGGUAUACUCACAUGAUACCGCUCGUAUAGUUCAAUGGAUGUUAAAACUAGGCACUCCAGAAAUCCGUUCGCAAGUAAUAAAUGAACUUAUGAAACAUGUACCUAAAAUGUUACUUUCUAAGUAUGCAUGUUUAUGUGUAAAAAAUAUGCUAAAACAAGGUGACGCAGAACAACGCAAAAUAAUUAUCAAUUCCUUAAAGGGAAAAUUUUAUGCUCUGACUAUACAUUCAAAUGCUGCUAAGAUUAUGGAUUUAAUUUACACAACUUAUGCGACUCCAGAGCAGCAAAAUAAUAUGAUGCAUGAAUUAUAUGGGGCAUCUAGUAUUUUAUGUGAUUCAGCUAAUAUACUAUCAUUUGCUGACGUUUUGAAGAAUUCACCCAAUACAAAAGAUAUUAUAUUGGCUAAGACAAAAGAUCACAUCAAAAAAUUUGUUUUAAAACAAAAGAGUUCCAUGCAAACCACUUUGGUUCAUAAUUUAAUUUAUGAAUAUGUUUUAUAUACCGGUGGAAAAGAUUGUGAUGAACUAUUCGCAUCUCUCAAAGAAUUCCCAAUAGAAUUAUUUUAUACAUCUAAAAGUGGCUGCCUUCUUGCUAUGUACAUAAUAUGGUCUUCAACACCUAAGGAGAAAAAGUCAAUAUUAAAACAAAUCAAGACCACAAGUUCUACACGUGAUUUGGCUACAUCAGAAUAUGGAUACUUGAUUUUACUAUCACUUUUUGAUUGUGUUGAUGAUACAGUACUCAUUAAAAAAAUAAUCAUUCCUGAAAUAAUAAAUAAUAUGGAUACAAUUGCAAUAGAUGAAUAUGGCCGUAGGGUUAUAUUAUACUUGGUAGCAUGGAGAGAUUCUUCAUAUUUUCAUCCUCAAGAUAUUGAUUUGCUGAAAAAAGGAGAUUUAAUUAAAGAAUGUAAAAAAGAUGAUGAUUUACGUGUAAAAGAACUUAUAAAUGCAGUUUCUGACCAUUUUCUUCAACACAUACAAGAAAAUCCUAAAUUCUGGUUAAGCAAUGGGUCAGUUGCCAUGUUAUUACUUGGAAUUUUAAAAUCUGGCAGUGGAGAAAAAUUAAAAGGUGCAAUGACAUCAGUAGCUAAUUACUUAGUUGAUCCUGAUAAUACAGUAUUGGAAAAAGAUGAAAAAAUUGCUGUGUAUGAGCAUGCUGGUCUUCAUAUGGUAUUUCGAAAGAUUAUUGGUCAUGAUCAAAUUCUAGAAAAAAACAAUGAAACUACAUUUUCUGAGAUUCUGUCAGCAGUCAUUAACAAAGAUAUAUUAAAAUCUUGGAUUAAGUGCAACCGUGCAUGUUUUUUGAUUGUGGCAAUGAUGGAAUCAAAUGUCCAGCUGGCAAUAAAAACCUUAAAAUCACUUUUUGGAACAGAUAUGAUGAAACUAUUACAGAAGCAAACAUUUUCUGGUGCAAAAGUUUUAGCCACCAAAUUGAAAUCUUAAUCUAUAUUUGAUUUUUAAUAAACAUUUAUUUUAACAAA